UCUCGUCGCACGCACGCGUAAUUCGCACUCCCCUCGCUCCCCCUCUUCCUAUAAACCCUAGACGAGGAAGCAACGAAGCACCGCUCGUCCAUUAUAAAACCCUUCGUUCCAUUCUCCUCAUCGAUCCGUGAUCUGUGUACUUCGCCUGCGCCAUUAGGUGAAAUUUUACCAAUGGCAGCGAAAAAUGGUCCAACGAAUCUGGAGAAAGAGCAGAUCUUCGGGAUGGCGGAAAAAGAGAUGGAGUACAGGGUAGAACUUUUUAACAAGCUUACACAAACUUGUUUUGAGAAAUGCAUCGAGAAAAGGUACAAGGAAUCUGAGCUCAACAUGGGUGAAAAUAGUUGCAUCGAUCGGUGUGUUUCAAAAUAUUGGCAGGUGACUAAUUUAGUCGGGCAGCUUCUCGGCUCCAAUCGACCACCGAUGUGAAAUCAUUUAGUAACUGUCUUGCUCGACUGUCUUCUUUUUAAGCAGAUUGCCGCAAUGCAUUUUUGACAUUUUGGAUACAGUUCUUAACUGGAACCUAAACAAGGAGAUGAUUCCAGAUUGUAUCGUAUUGAGAAAUAAUUAUUUAUCUUUUCACGGGUUGUUCAAUAUUUUUUGUGGACCGGACUUGGCCUGUAAUGACUGAUGUGGGACUCUGGGUAGAAUUCAGGAUUUACUUCUUUGAUGCAAACAAAGUGACGUUUGUCGAGGGUGUGUUAAAAUCAUAAAGUGCUUAUUGUCUGAAUUGUGUGUGCA